AGACUUUUUUUUAAAAGUUGCUGACCUUUACGAAAAAUAGUAGUACAAUGAUGAAUAUGAAAUAUUUUAUUUUAUUGUGUCUAACAUUUUAUACUCCAACAGUUGACUCUAUCACAGAAGAGCAAAUAAAAGAUCUAUGGAACAACAUGAAGACUGGACAAAACAACUAUAUAGUCUACGAAAACUUCCUUAAAUAUUAUGAGGAUGUUUUAGAAGAAGAUAGAAUGGAAUUUUUUGUCAUAAUUACAAUGUUCAGAACCGAUUGUACAUGUAAAGUACUCAGCAUGAAUUUUGAAAAAUUUACCGAAGCUGCAAAAGACGGCCACAUACCAAUAAGUCAAUCAUUGCUUGCGUUUCGUUUACUAUUUGACCAAAUGGCCCCAGCACAGCAUAAAGACUACGUUACUUGGGACAACAUAAAGGCCCACUAUGGAGAUGAGGUAUAUGGAGAUUUGGAAGAAAAAGGGGUACUCGCUGAAGUUGAAAAAUUCGGAAAAAAAUAUGACGGAGAAUGGAGAAUGGAUUUUGGUGGCUUAAAAAGAGCCGUAAACAUUGGUUAUCUUCAACUAAUAACCUCAAACAAGAUGCUACAACAAGUAGACCGCUAAAAAGAAUAUCAAAAUUAUUAAAAAGUAAUAAACUUUAUUACUCAUAGAUUAGCCGUAAGGUUAGUACAAUAAUAUUAAACCGAAACAAUUAAAAUCAU